AUGCCAUCUCGGCAAGAAGUCUCCUACUUUGGAGCUGGGCCAGCUCCUCUGCCCACCCCCGUUGUUGAGGCAGGCGCAAAGGCAUUCGUUAAUUUCAACGACUCCGGACUCGGUCUCGGGGAGAUCUCGCACCGUUCACCGACCGCAAAUAAGAUCCUCGAUGAGGCCAAGGCGAACCUGACUGCCCUCCUCGAUAUCCCGGAUAACUAUGAGAUCCUGUUCAUGCAGGGUGGUGGAAGUGGAGAGUUCAGUGCUGUCGUGCACAACCUAGUGUCGGUCUGGAUCAAGCGCCGCCGUCGCAGAGCAGAGGCCGAACUUGUGAAGACGAAUCCAGGUGCUGAGAAGGCUCAAGUGGACGAGCAGGUUUUCCAGAGACUGCAGAAAGAGGUCGAUGAGGAAUUGAAGCUGGACUAUCUCGUUACCGGAUCCUGGUCACUCAAGGCCUCCCAGGAAGCUGCGCGACUAGUCGGCUCCAAGUAUGUCAACGUUGCCCUCGAUGCUCGAAAGAGCAACGGAGGAAAGUUCGGUACAAUCCCUGCGGAAGAUACUUGGUCAUUGACCCCAACCAAGCGCGAAGGCGGAAAGGGCUCAGCAUUUGUCUACUUCUGCGACAAUGAAACCGUCGAUGGUGUGGAGUUCCAGAGCUUCCCCAAGGCACUAGAAGCACAGGGUCAGGAUGAGGAAGACGAGCGUCUUGUAGUGGCUGACAUGAGCUCCAAUUUCAUUAGCCGCAAGGUGGAUGUUCAUAAAUACGCUGUGAUCUUUGGCGGCGCGCAAAAGAACAUUGGUGUUACCGGAAUCACCAUUGCCAUCGUUCGCAAGGAUCUGCUCCCUCCUCACACUGCGACUCCUCCGGCUACUCUCCUGCAUCGACUCAACAUUGGUGGCUUGCCUGGUCCUGUGGUAUUUGACUAUGCCACUAUUGCCAAAAAUAACUCUCUUUAUAACACUCUCCCGAUCUUCAACCUUUGGAUCGCGGGCCAAGUCAUGGCUGAUCUAGUUGGUGCUUUCGGGGCACAAAAGGUCAGCGGGCAGGAAGCUAUCGCCGACCAGAAGGCUCAGCUUAUCUACGGCGCCUUGGAUAAGUAUCCAGGUGUGUACCGUGUUGUCCCCGAUAAGCGUGUUCGCAGCCGUAUGAACAUCUGCUUCCGCAUUUGUGGCGGAGAUGAUACGAAGGAGAAGGAGUUCUUGGCUGGUGCAGAAAAGCAGUUGCUUCAAGGUCUGAAGGGUCAUCGUAGCGUUGGUGGAAUCCGCGCUAGUAAUUACAACGCUGUCCCUCUGGAGAACGUCCAAAAGCUGGUGCAGUACCUUGAGUCCUUUGCGACGGAGCAGUAG